GGACGAGUUUUGGAGCGUGCCGCUGCCGCCUUCGAGCAUCAGGCUCGUCGAUUCGAUCGAUGGCGAGGCGUUCCAGGGAUUUCUUCUGGCGCUGCAAGAAUCGUCAGUGAUCGCGCUGGAUGCUGAGUGGAAGCCUGUCUUGGUAGCUGGUAUGCACCCCAGGGUUUCGCUGCUCCAGAUUGCGUGCCGGAAGCGAGAUUUCGGCCCCGAGAGUGAUCUUGUGUUCAUCGUCGAUGUGUUGUCGAUCCCGGCUUCUGCAUUGCUUCAGCCACUGGAAGAGGCAUUGGAAACGUCUAGAAUUCUAAAGCUGGGAUUCAAGCUUCGACAAGAUUUAAUCAAUCUCGCUGCAUCGCUUUCGUCCACUGCGAGCUUCUCCUGUGAGCGUAGCCUUAUAUUGAUAUUGGGAAGCUCUAUCAUGAAGUGAAAAGGAAAAAUCCACGUAAACUCCCGGGUGAUACUCCGAGCUUAUCCCACAUAUGUAGAGAUGUUUUUGGUCGACCUCUUUGCAAGGUAUGGGAUGGAGUGUGUUUGCAUGGCUGCUACUAGUGAAGCUAUUUUUUGCGCAGAGUUUGCAAUGUAGUGACUGGGAGCUGAGGCCACUGACUGAAGAACAAAUAUCUUAUGCUGCCGCUGAUGCGCAUUGUCUUCUAGCAAUUCUGGACGCUCUUCAUCCCUAUAUAAUCGACAUGCAACGAUCAAAAGCAGUUGCCUCGGUCGGAAUUGCUCGUCUACUCUAUCCUGAUGAAGAGUUAAGCCCUCUUGUAACGAGGUUUAGGAGCAUGAGCAAGAAGGCAGAUAGGUCUGGAAAGUUUCUUGCGUAUCUAUUAACUUUUCAGCAGACGCUGUCACUGCAAGCCGACCCAAAAAAGAAAAUCAGAACUCGGAGGGUACGGGACACAAACAGAUCUCAGGGGCAGGCCGAGUUCGAGUGGUGUGGACCUCCGCCAUGGGAUCCUGUUGUGGGAGGUGAUGGUUGCCCAAAGUUUCUGUGUGAUAUUAUGAUCGAAGGCUUAGCUCGUCAGCUACGUUGCGUUGGAAUUGACGCUGCUUGUCCACAUAGGUUAAAACCCGACGCCAGGUUCUUGUUUUUUUCCUUUGGAGAGAAGAAUUAUUCCGCUGGAUUGUAUUCUUCUAGGCAACUAAUCGAACAAGCUCAAAGAGAAGGGAGGAUUCUACUAACAAGAGACGUAAAGCUACUCAGGCAGCGCCUUAUUCCAUCCAACCAAGCGUACCGUGUCAAACACCUAACAAAGAAAGAGCAACUUACUGAGAUUAUUGAGACGUUCCAUCUUACAGUCUCCGAAGAGCAUUUACUCUCGAGGUGCACGAGGUGCAACGGAGAGCUCUGUCCCAAACCAUUGACCGCACAGCAAGCAAAGGCUGCUGCCCCCAACCAAAAAAUUUCGGAAGAUGUAUUACUGCAGGACGGUUUACUAUUCUGGCAAUGCUCCGAGUGCAGGCAUCUUUACUGGCAGGGCUUGCAAUUCCAGCGGGCAAUGCAACGAUUUUCUGCCAUGUGUAGCUAGUUAGCCUUUCGCGUGUAACGUACGUGACAAGUGUUUAAAUUAACCUGGUGUGCAAGUUCCGGAAGGUUC